UCAAUCCCAAACCCCAGCAGAUGGGGGGAACCUUGUUCUCUUUCCCCUGUCAGACCCUGAGCCGGGGAGCGCUCGGCAGAGCCUGGAGCCGAUGGAAACGCCGUGACAUCCCAGCACCCAUCCGUGGCUGCUCCGCGGGCUCCGGCAGGAUCUCAGCCCCUUUCUGCUGAUGUCACGGCGCGGGGCCCCACAGCCGCCUUCCCCCGGCUGUGGGCAGGCGGGAAUCAGUGCCGGGGACGGCCGCCCUUUCCUGGAUCCUCCUCUCUCGCCUCUUCCCUCCCCGGGACGCCGACUGGAACGGAGCCGAGAGCCUUGGCCGCCUGGCAGACGGAUGCCCUGGCAGGGCCUGUCCAUGGAUGCCAGCAAGAAGGUGGAUCUGAAGAUAAUUAUCAUAGGAGCUCUGGGCGUGGGCAAAACCUCCCUCCUGCACCAAUACGUGCACAAGACGUUUUACGAAGACUACCGCACCACGCUGGGUGCCAGCAUCCUCACCAAAGUCCUCAUGGUGGACAACACUCCCCUGAAACUGCAGAUCUGGGACACAGGGGGACAGGAGCGAUUCCGGUCCAUGGUGUCGACCUUUUACAAAGGUUCGGAUGGCUGCAUGCUGGCCUUCGACGUGACAGACAGAGAGUCCUUUGAGUCCCUAGACAACUGGAGAGACGACUUCCUGGAGAAGGUCAUUCCAAGGGAGCAAGAUUUCCCCAUGGUCGUGCUGGGGAACAAAAUAGACAUCUGCGAUCGGCAGGUACCCAAGGAGAUUGCCUCAGCCUGGUGCAAGGAGAAAGACAUCCCUUAUUUCGAAGUCAGCGCCAAGAACAACAUCAACGUUGCAGAGGCUUUUGAGACCCUUGCAAAGCAGGCGUUAACAACGCAUAAAGGGAUUUUUGAGAGUUAUUUAACCGACUCCAUCAAACUCACUCCCAACGACAAGCCCAAGAAGAGCUGCUGCUGAUCCCGGGGACGCUGCCUUGCUCCGGGCUGUCCUACGCAAGCACGGCCCAGCCGAGCACCCCACGAUGCCCAAGGCUGGAGCCCUGCCUGGGGGUCCGUGCCCCCCACCCACCCCAGCCCGGCCGCAGAGGCUGGCCAAGCCAGGACACAGGACAGCCACUGCUCGACACGCCGGGGCCAGCUGGCUGAGCAUCCCGGGGCUUGCUGCUUCCCACGGCUCCGGAGCUGCUCUCCCAACCCAGCAGCCUCCCAAACCACCGCUGUGUCACGGUGGCCCCAUCCCCCUCGAUCUGCUGCCGUGUGGCACCCGAGCGGGCGAUCGCCCUGCGGUGACGGUGCCAGGGAGCCAGGCAGUGCUUCUCAUGGCUUUUCAGAGACCUUGGCCUGGCAGGUCACCCUUCCCGGCACAGGAACUGGUGGCCCCGUGGUGCUCAUGGUGCUCAUGGUGUGUAUGGGCUGUCCUGGGGGGAGGAGUGGGGCUGGUGACCACGGCACAGGUCUGAGAGCAGCCAGGUCCCCUCUUGGGGUCAGCCGCUGUGGAUGUAACUGGUCCGUGCCUCAGUUUCCCCUGCUGUCAUGCACCCCCCCCAUCAAACACCCUCCACCUCCCGCCUCACUGGUGAGGAUCCUCAGUAAAGCACUUUGACAAG